AUGAGCAAGCUCAUUAUUGAGUUAUCGUACAGUCUUGUAGCGUCAAAACGUGACAUGAACAAAAUUACUCAAUUUGAAGACUUAUCCAACGAUUUACUUUUGGAGAUUUUUGAUUAUUUUCAUGCUUUCGAUCUGUUCGAAGCAUUUUCAUCUAUGAAUAAUCGUAUUUCAUUAAUAUUGUCGUAUACUCGACUUCAUAUUGUUCUCUCAAAACUUCAUAGUCAACGAGAAUUUGAUCUCCUAUCAUCUCAUCUCAUUCAUCAUGCUCAUCAAGUUGUAUCUAUUUCAUUGCAAGACGAACUUCGGAAUUUAUCUUCAAUUAUUUCCUUGCUCUUCACUCUACAUACAUUUGAAAAUCUUCAAUCAUGUACAUUUUAUUCUAUUCAUCCAUUAACACCGCUCGAAAAUGUCAUGAAAAAAUUUGCCAGUCUCAAUCAUCUUGUGUCAUUUCGAAUAUUUCAAUCAAAUAAUAUGCCGCUAUCGAAUGUAAACAAAAGUUAUCUAAGUGAAACUUUUCUCGCACAUCGAUCUUCUAAACUUCGUUCAAUCGAAUUAUCAUUUCGGUAUUAUUAUCCAAAAUUAAUUUCUGACAUUCGAUUAAAUUCGACGUUGACUUCACUUCGUAUAGUGUUUCAUGGCUCAAUGUUUGCUUGUUCGAUCGAUAGUAUUCUACCUAUACUCCGUCAUUACUGUGCGUUACGGGUAUUACGUAUUUCCAUAUCUAGUAACAAUAAUUCAUACGCUCCAGCAACAAUGAUACCAACAUUCCUGACUACCUACGAAGUCAAUCCACCAAUAUCAUUUUCAAUUACAACAUUUGAUUUAUCCAUUGGAACAUGUUUCUAUUUUCGUUCGUUAAGAUUAAUUCUAUCCUGUAUGCCUAACCUUCGUCGAUUCAUAAUAACAAUCAUUGUUUUAACAUCAACAAGUUCCUUUUGUAAAAAUGUAUUUAACGGCCAUCUAUGGCAACAAUUAUUGUCUAAUAGUGCACCUCAUUUGGAUGUAUUUGAAAUUUUCGUAAUGAUAAAAUAUGCCAAUACAAAACCAAAUUUCGAUUCGUUGGUCAAUUCAUUUGAUUAUUUUGCAAGAAAAUUUGACGAUUGGCAUGUAGCCAUUCAUCAGUCACGGCGUAAUUAUAAUACUCAAAAACAACAACUAAGUUUACAUGGAUUUCGAUAUUCGAAACAAGUACGACAUUGUCAUACGAGUACAACAAGAAUAGUUCUCGGAACCUUGACCUUGCAUGAAAGCGUGAUAAAACAGGCGGAACAUCAUUUGUUUUAUUCAAAUUGUAAAGACCUAUGUGUCAGUAUUCCUAUAGAUAUAAAAAUUAGAAAUAAUCUACCACCGUAUCAGUUAUUCAAAAAUAUCGAUCGUCUUACAAUUGAAAUCAAUUCGCCGAUGCGAGCAUGCUGGAUAAAAAUAUUAAACCUUUUGCGUAUCUGUUAUAAUUUCGACAGAAUAGAUCAAAAAGAACGUGCAGAAAAAAUUACAAGUUUAGUCGAUUUGACCAACAUCACUAAACUGAGUAUUCAAUCAAACGAUAGUACAUCACAAUCAUAUUUUAUUACAGAAAUCUUCUUAGCAACCUCACAUGUGAUUCAACUGAAAAUUAGCCAUUCAUUGAUUUUCUCGUCGAUGCUGUAUCAUAAUUCCUCGCUUAUUCCGUUUUUUACUCAACUACAAUCAUUGUAUUUACAAUCAGAAUAUGGUCGUUUUCCGUUGAAAUAUGCAUCAAAAUUAGUCCAACGUUUUCCAUCAAUUAUUCAUCUUGAACUGGAAGUUUAUUCAAUUGGUCUAUUGAAAUCGUUUCUUAGUAUUCUUCUUGAUGGUCUACCUAGAUUAGCGCAUUUGAAAAUACAUUUUUAUCAGAGUAGCUUGAUAGCUAAAGGAAGACAUUCCAUUAAUGAUAUUCUAGAAAGAUGGUGUCAUUUACGUUCGUCUAUUGCCGAAACUCACGAUACGUUUACUAUUAGAAUCAUUGGACAAUUAAUGAACAUCUAUCUUAGUGGUUGUGCAAUAUGUGCAAACACUAAAAAUUUCAUUUGA